UCGCCCUCGCCCUCGCCCUCGCCCUCGCCCUCGCCCUCACCCUCACCCUCACCCUCACCCUCGGCUCUCUUUCUCACCACGAGUUCACCCGCAGCAACCUCGCCCCACGCGCGCCACUCUCUUCCGACUGACGACCACUAUCUCCUCGUGUUCCCUACGAUCUAUUCCCACUUCGCCAGGUCGCCCCAAACGGUGCUGCCUGCACUCUAGCAACCCUUUAGCAAUCACCAGCGCGGUAACGUACGAGCUCUGCAUUACCCUCUGCCCCGUCGAUAUAUUCUUAAACAAAAUACAGCAUAGACACGACGCGCACUGCAUUGUUAUCACGAACUGAAAUUGAAAACACAAAAGUAUUAAAAAAUGAUGCAAAGUGAUGGAAAUAAAACAAAUAAUGCUAAAAAGAACCUAAACACAAAUAUGUGAAAGAUAUAGUAUACGUAGUAUUGACGACGGACAAUUAGCGACAAGGGGAUACGCGCGGCAAUCGCGAUCGCUGCGAGGAAUCAUUUUUUCCCUAUCCAUUCCUACUUUCAUCCACCAUAUAUUUAUUUAUCUUUAUCGUUCAAAUAUUCUUACUGUCGCGUACUAGCUAAAGAUAAAUAUACGCGGCUCACGCAAAUAUUCGUACGCUUGCAGACAUCUUUCGUGAAUAUAUUGCGUACGUUAUACGAAACAUUUGGAAUUUUCAUUAGCACUGUUAUAACAUUUGACUAUCGUGGUUAUAGUCGAGUCGAACCUCGGUAACCUGUAACAGUGACGGAACGUCGAGUAAAGAGUUAAAAUAUUCGAAUUUUAGAGGUUUCGAUUUAUCAAAAUUUCCGGGUAAAGGGAAAUUCGACACGCGGAAGCUUUGUACGAAGGCACAAUUACAUUGACCGUGGUCACCGUGCACGUGGUCGAAGAGCGAAGAAAUAGGUAUAGACGGCUUGUUGUCGUCAUACGUUGUUUGAAACAAUCGUGCAAUAAUUAAAAGAAAGGAGACAAUGCGGAACGAUUGAUCUCUCAUAUCCUAUAUCCAUACACACAGCACAGCUAUAGAUACACUUGGUGUUGCAGAGAUCUGGCUAUCCUAUCCAUUCGAUUUAAAUUCGAGUUAAAUUUAAGAGGUUCGUGUUAUCAGGAUUCGUAUUUGUAUUGGUAAAGUUUGAAACAAAUCGUCUUCCACCAGUUAUUCUAUCCAAAGCAAAAGAGGUGAAGUUUUUUGAUCGCGUUACCUUGACAUUGUCUUGACAACCGCAAACGCACCUAUAAACGAGGGGCGAAAAGCUCUUGGACAGUCAAUACGAUCCUGCUCGAACUUUCAUAACAACGGCAAAUCAUUGUUCCGUAUUUUAUGAUUAACAUCGACCAUCCAAAGAUCCACGGGAAACCACCCGUGAACAAGUCUCUUCCAUCGAAAUAUGUCGAGUCCAGACAAAAGAAACACACAGAGGAGAAUAUUAUGUACGAUAGAAGAGAAAUCAACGAUGAUCCCAAUGUCAUCAUGGAGAAAAUGGGGAAUACAGACUGCAAUCAAAAUUUCGUCGAAUCGACUGCAUGCUCGUUCGAGCAGCUUUGCAGUAUGAUCAGUGAUCUCGAGAAAGACAUUGCCGUGACGAUUCCAGAAAUUGAUCAGUUACAGGUUCGAGAAACAGUACGACCAACAACUUUCUAUCCGUUUGGCUCGAUCCGAUCGAUCAAACUUUCUAAUCAGCUGAAACCAGAGAAAGACGAGUCCGAAGAGAAAUAUGUAGCAAAUGGAACCGUGUACGACGACCUAAUGUCUUUUUUGGCCAAACUCGAAGAGGGUUCUUUGGAUGAUACCAGGAUAAACGUACCACCAGAGGUAGACGCCACCACCAUAUUUGGGGAGAUAUUUGGUAACCUGCAGCCACUGCAUAACAAAACUGUCGUGAACUAUGAUAGCAUUGUUCCAGCCCCUAACGAUAGCCACCAUGCGUUUAAAGAGGAUUUAGCUACGGCACAGUUGCAACUCGAAGAAAAGAACGCUACCAUAUCGCUCUUGAAAGAACAAUUGAAGACGGAAAGGAGGUUGGCUUGCGACAGGUUGGAAGGCCAGAGGAAGAGCAACGCCUCCAAACUGCAGCAACAGGACGAGAAAUACAAGGGGAUAGUUAAGAGACAUCAAAAGUUUAUCGAGCAGCUGAUCUCAGAGAAAACCGAUUUGACCGAGAAAUGCAAUUCGUUGGCGCAGACGGUGAAAGAGAUCGAAAUAAAAAUGCAACGGGAUUUGAAGGUUGCAACAGAGAGGCAUACGGUAGAGUUGCAACGAGCGAAAGAGCAUUUUGCCGCUGCUGAGAAGAUUAAACGGGAGAGAUGGAUAGAGGCCAGAACGACAAAGAUCAAGGAAAUGACUGUGAAAGGUUUGGAACCCGAGUUACGUAAUAUGACGGAGCAACACGCCGAGGAGAUUCAGAAGCUAAGAAAUAUACACACGAAAGAACUACAGGAGACCGAAUUGCGUAUAAUACGGCAUUCUAAUCAACAGCUGGAACAACUGCGUCUAGAAUUGAUGGCCAGUCACGAGAGAAUGUUGGCCAACGAGAAGAAUAUUUUGUGGACCAGAUACCAAGAGCAGCUGGAGCAGCAAGAAAGCCAAUUUAAAGGACAACAAACGAAACUUUUCCAAGAGUUGCAACGCGACAGAGAAAACUUUACCAAGGAACAAGCUAAACGAGAAGCUGAAAUGCAGGCCAGUUUGCGGAAAAAUCAUUCGCAGUAUCAGAGCGAGGUCGAGACACUGAAGCAGCAACACUCGAACGAGAAGAAGACUCUCGAAGAAUCGCUGAAGGCUGAGUGGGAAGCUUGGUUGGUCAAUUACAAGAGAGAACAGAAUUUACGAAUUGAACAAGCCGAGAGUAAGAUAAAAGAGGGGUGUAACAAGGAGAGGGAUCGACAAAUCGAACUUGCUAUCGAACGAUUAGAAAAAGACUUUCGAAACGAAAGAUCGACACUUGAACGAAACGUUGAUUGCAAGCUCAGAUCUUUGAGGGACAAGUACGAAAUGGACUUGCAAACCGCGUUAGAUAACGAACAGCUUCAUAAAACUAAGUUAAUGCAGACGAAGGAUAAACUGGAGAAAACCGAUGUUCAGUUGCAACACGCGCAGAACAAGUUGCAGGAAUACGUAUCCGAGUUGUGUAACGCAAACGAGGUAAUCAAACGGCUAAGUAUGGAAAGGGACAACUCGAAAAAAUUGGCGAGGCAAGAAAUCGAAGGAGAAAAAAGAGAAUUGGAGGAGAAAAUCGCUUCGCUUUAUCAUGAAAUCGCUCGUAUCAAUGCGAAUAGAGACACCUCGAUGGCUCAAUUACACAGCAGAAUUAAACUGAUAAUGACUGAAAAGGUACUGACGAUCAAAAAUUUGACCAAAGAACGUGAUGACGUCAAAUUAAAAUGUCAACAUUUGGAAAAGUUAUUGGACCAACAGAGAAGGGAAUAUAUUUUGAAAACUUUAUAAAUAACAAUGUUGUUGUUGUUGUUUUGUGACUUAUUCGAUCAUAUGUGUAUU